AUGGCUGGUGGCAAACCCCGUGGUCUCAACGCCGCACGCAAGCUGCGAACGAACCGAAAGGACCAGAAAUGGGCCGACCUUCACUAUAAGAAGCGUGCCCUGGGCACUGCUUUCAAGUCCUCGCCUUUCGGUGGCUCUUCCCACGCCAAGGGCAUCGUCCUCGAGAAGGUCGGUGUCGAGGCCAAGCAGCCCAACUCCGCUAUCCGAAAGUGCGUCCGUGUCCAGUUGAUCAAGAACGGCAAGAAGGUCACGGCUUUCGUCCCCAAUGACGGUUGCCUGAACUUCGUGGACGAGAACGACGAGGUCCUUCUGGCUGGUUUCGGUCGCAAGGGCAAGGCCAAGGGUGACAUUCCCGGUGUUCGAUUCAAGGUCGUCAAGGUCUCGGGUGUCGGUCUGCUCGCUCUGUGGAAGGAGAAGAAGGAGAAGCCUCGGUCUUAG